UAGUUUUGUAGAUGGGCGUUCAAGGCUAAAGCGAAAGUAGCUCCUGCUGAAUCUGGAAACAAUUGAUGGAACUGACGGAUGUAAAGUCUUCCAGUAUAAAUUAUUUGCAAUGUACAUUUGAGUUGAUACUGACAGUUAUGCAUUUUUUCACGUAGACUUGUCCAUCUACAGCGUUACGGUUGUUGGACCUAAGACCUUUUGUAAAUGGGUUGCAAUGUAUUGAUAAAAUUAUAUAAUGUAGCAUUAGCAUCGUCGGGAGAAGACAACCGAAUGAAAAUUGCUUAAGAAGCCCAGUAUUGUGUUAGUGAAUGAUCACGUGUUUAGCAAGACCGCUUUUGAGACCGGUUCAAACUGACUUAGUCGCGGAUAGCCUAUAGCUCUUAUAAAAAUUCAGCACUGACUGCAGAAGAUUUCCACAAACAAAACGCGAGCAUCCCAUUUGCAUACCCUCGAAGACAGAGUGCAUUAACUGCAAUGGGUAGCUUCUGUUUAAUACAGACUCGCUGUUUUCUCCGCCAGGUUUUGACAGGCCUACCCGCUGUCAUGCAUCGGGAGUAUAGCCUCGAUAUUUCUGCACAACUGCUACGUAGUCAGGGCUAUGUAGACGGGCGUUGGAUAUCUGCUGCCUCGUCCUUCUCAGUGUUGGACCCAGCGACAGGAGAAGAGAUUGCAAAAGUAGCAGACUGCGGUCCAUCCGAAGCUAAAACAGCGGUCGACGCAGCCUACAAGGCAUUCUAUUCAUGGAAGCAAUACACAGCCAAGGAGAGAAGCGUGCUCCUGCGGAAAUGGUACGACCUGAUGACACUGCACAAGGAGGACCUGGCUAAGCUGAUCACGUUUGAAUGUGGCAAGCCUAUGAAGGAGUCUCUGGGUGAGAUCGCCUACGCUUCCGCCUUCCUGGAAUGGUUCUCCGAGGAGGCACGCCGCGUCUACGGAGACGUGGUCCCCUCGGCCUUCAAGGACCGCAAGAUCCUGCUGCUCAAACAACCAGUGGGCGUGGCUUCCAUCAUCACCCCGUGGAACUUCCCCAGCGCCAUGAUCACCAGGAAAGUGGGCGCUGCCCUGGCGGCCGGCUGCACGGUGGUGGUGAAGCCUGCUGAGGACACGCCCCUCUCUGCCCUGGCGCUCGCCGAGCUGGCAAGCCAGGCGGGGAUCCCAGCUGGAGUGUUCAAUGUGGUGCCCUGCUCCAGGGAGAAGACCCCCUCUGUGGGGGAGGUCCUGUGCACAGACCCCCUGGUGGGGAAGGUCUCCUUUACUGGCUCUACGGCCACAGGCAAGAUCCUCUUGAAACACGCUGCUGACACCGUCAAGAGGGUUUCCAUGGAGCUGGGCGGCCAUGCUCCCUUCAUUGUGUUUGACAGUGCAGACGUGGACAAGGCUGUAGCAGGAGCCAUGGCCUCCAAGUUCAGGAACUCAGGACAGACGUGCGUGUGCUCCAACCGCUUUCUGGUUCAGAGUGGCAUCCACGAUCGCUUCAUGGAGAAGCUAGGCCUGGCCAUGGACGCAGAGCUCAGGACUGGCCACGGCUCUGACCCCACCACCACCCAGGGGCCCCUCAUUAACGUCCGCGCUGCUGAGAAGGUGGAGCACCAGGUGACUGACGCAGUGUCGCUGGGGGCCAAGGUGCUGAGGGGGGGCAAACGUCUGGACGGCUCCUUCAUGCAGCCCACCCUGCUGGCUGACGUUACCACGGACAUGCUGUGCACCAAGGAGGAGACCUUUGGCCCCCUCAUACCAGUCAUCAGGUUCAAUUCAGAGGAGGAGGCACUUGCCAUCGCGAACGCUUCUCACGUGGGGUUAGCAGGGUAUUUCUACUCACAGGACGUCAGUCAGAUCUGGCGAAUGGCGGAGAACCUGGAGGUGGGCAUGGUGGGGGUCAACGAGGGCCUCAUCUCCACCGCGGAGGCCUCCUUCGGCGGGGUCAAACAGUCGGGUCUGGGCCGCGAGGGCUCCAAGUACGGUAUCGAGGAGUAUCUGGACGUCAAGUACAUGUGCUUCGGAGGCCUGAGCCGCUAAAAGAUGAAGGUCGGUUGACCUCCCAGUACCUUUGAUUCAGUUGUCUUCAUGGGGUAGUUUUGAAGGUGAUUGCUAAAGAGGUUGCCCUUAACUACAAAUCUGGGAUUAGGGUUCAAUAACUGCAGUAUGAAUCUGGAAGAGAAACAUCCAGAAUCUGAAGUUAAGGGCUUUUUGACCCCCAUCUGAUACAAGGUGGGGUUGAGUGCUGGUCAAAGGGAGAUUCGCUGAGGGUCCAUGUCAUAGGUAAAUCAUUCACACAGCUAAAACAGUAGAUGACAAUCAUCACGUAUGAUUCCUUGUAGAAGUAUAACAAGACUGGUAUUAUUUUGUCAUUUCCUGUCUCUGCAAAUAGAGGAAGAAACCUAACAAGAGCCUUAAUUGCUUGGAUACAGGUGAAGAAGUAGGAAAAUCACUGCUGAAGACUCCUAGACUACAUUAAAAUAUGCUAUCAACAGACUUAUACUGCCAAGUUGAUGGACUGCAUGUAGACAGAUGGGAGAAAUUCUGGGUUCAUAAGAGGGUGCUUCUUGGAUCUGGCCCUUGAUAGUACUAGAUCUUUGCUGCUUAGUUGUUCUGCAACUUUACAUAGUUUUAUUUGUGCAAAUACCAUCAAUGUUCAUUUCAACUUCAAAUAAUAUGAAGUGUAGCAAGAUGAGCAUGAAAAUAAGCACAACUCCACUGAUAGUGAGAUUCAUACCAAUGCACAAUAAUUCAAUUUAAUUAUUAUAAAAAAUCUUUAUAAAUAACUGUGAUGUAUUUUGAUGUCUGGGGUAUUGUGAUAUUAUAAAUUGUAUCUGCUAAAUCUAAUUUAAUUACAAUUUCAUGAUACUUGGAUUUUGAAUAUUUUGAAUAUAGAUGUUUCAGAUGUGCUGCGUAAUACUACAUUAACAUUGUUGUAUUGACACUUCUUUCUUUUGAACAAAUUGUCCUAUCCUACGAAUUGGAUUAGGAUAGUUCUUGAUUAUGUUGGGAUGUUACAUGGUCAUUUUGAGUGUCUUUAACAUUUAAAUACAUGAAAUAGACUAACUGAAUUCAAUACUGUUAAUUACAUGCCUGCAAUGAAAGAUCUUGUCUCCUGCGAAAUGUUGACCCAAGUGCCAUUCAAAUGUUUUUUUGUCAAUUCAGUUUUAUAGUCAUAACAUAUAUUUCUAACUAUUGUAAAUAUUAUAUGGAUUACUUGUGGAAAUAAUUAAAAAAGCUAUUACUGUAAAA